AUGCGCACUCGCGACCUCGGCGUCGCCAGGGCGACAUGCCCCAACGGUCAUGGCGGCGGCGCGGCCUUGUGUGGGGCCGGCCGUGGCUGUGCUUCGUGGCGCUGGCGGCUUUCCCUCCAGGAGCCCUGGUUACAAAAAUAUUUGUAUUUAUUUUCAGUGUGUAAAGAUCCCAUAAUUGAACACGGGACAAGAUUAAGUGGAAUCAAGUCGUCAUAUACAGAUGGUGACAGUGUGACACUUGAAUGUAAAAUUGGAUAUUUCAUGAUUGGAAGUUAUUUCAUUCAGUGUGAAAAUAAUAGCUGGUAUCCUGCAGUGCCAUCUUGUCUAAAAAUUGCUAACGAUUUGUGUGGUGUCCCAACACUCCCCAAUGGGAUUGUAGAGCCAGUGAAGAGUCUGUAUCAGAUUGGAGCCAUAAUUGCUGCAUACUGCAAGCCAAACUAUUCUUUCCCUGAUGAAACCAUAGAGAUGACUGCAAAAUGUGACGGUUUUAAUGUUUGGGAACCUGAUGUGCAGCCUUGUUUCUUAAGAACUUCACCUGACACUUCUACGUUCUUUCUUUAUAAUGGAGAAAUAGUCAGAGGAAAGAAAAAAUUCUAUGAGCCUGGAGAUAACAUUACUGUUGAGUGUCAUCCUGGCUUUGCAUUAAAUGGGCCAAAUGAAAUUCGAUAUGUUGGUGGGGGAAAGUGGUUACCUAUACAUCCAAGGUGUUACCUGAGUAUGUAUAAAAUUGAUUGGUGUAUCAUCCAGACAUUAGAUGCAGUUCUGUCUCUGGAUGGUUUUCUCCCACAACUUGCUAGAGAUGGAGAUCUGAAAAAAAUUGAUCCUGAGAUGCUUUUUUAA